UACUUGUAAACUAUGUCGAGAUAUAAAAAUACAGUAAAAUAUGAAGGAAGUUAGCAAAACAGAAAAUGGAAUAGAGAAGGGAAAGAUAAAAUAAGCUAAAAGCCCUUUUUUCGUCAUUCGCCUUGUGGCGUAAGCCAAAACGUAAUAAAAAAAUUAUACAAAUUGUAAUUACCUACAGUUCUAUUGAUUUGGCGAAAACAUAUUUGACGUUUGGGUAAAAAUCAACAUCCGCAUGUGCUAACCCAGUAAUUUUGACAUAUCUAAUUGUCUAAGUUUUAAUUCCAGACAAAUUAUCUUUUUGAAGACUAGGCAGCAUGGUCUCCGACCUUAGCCUGUUCCAAACGGAACAAACGUACUAAAAAAAAAAAAAAAAAAAAAUUGUCUAAGUUUUAACUACAUUGAAGUCUAUUUAUUUUCAUAAAUAUUUGUCGCAUUUUUCUUUUCUUUUGCUAUAACGGAGUGAUACAUACUCUUUAUUUGGUUCUCCAGUGUUUAAAGAUAUAUAUAUAUAUAUAUAAAAUGGUAUGUGAAGGUCCAGAUCCCCCAGACAAUAGUCCUCAUGAUAUUACUCCUCCUCCUCGACACGACUUGAUGAUGAACGGGAUUCACGAGGAUAGCGACGAUGAGCAAAACGAAUAUUUUGGUUAUGAACCUUUACCUCAAGGACCUGACACGAUGCAUUCUGAUCAUGAGAGCGACGAAGAAACAGAGAAUAAUGAAGAAAGACUAUCCGUAAACAAUUAUGUUCCUCCAAUAGAGAGUAUGGAUACAACUCUUACUAGAGAAGUUUGGAAUACACCACAUCCAGAAGACUCUAUACAGAUGGAUAAUGAACGUGCCCAACAGGUAAUGUCUGCAAUGGCAAACUUUGCAUUACCACAAACAUCAAUACCUGACUGGGCCAAAAGUAUAACAGAAGAACAAUGGAAGCAGACACUAAAUGACAGGAUAGAAAUACUGAAAAGUAACAGAUAAAAUAACUAAGUUUUUUCUUAAUGUUUAUUUUUAAUUUUAUCAAUAAUAUUAAAAAAAUAUAUUAAAAAAAAUAGUAAUUGAAAUAAUUAUUUAUGAAGCCAUCUUAAGUAUACUCUAUGCCAGAUGCAAAAACAAGUUCUGUGCAAAAUUCUCAAAUUUCCUUGUCAUAUUAUUAUACUAGCUUAUGUUGAAAUUAAAAAGUGAUAAGCUAAUACAAUUUUAAUCUCUAUCUGUAAGUAUACAAUAUGCAAAAAUAUAUAAUUUACAGAUUGGUAAAUAAGAUACCUGGAGUUAAGGGAUUAUGCAGUUGGGUUACAGCUCCUAAUUCAUGUGCUUAAGUACUGUACAUUUUUGCAUUUCCUUAAUUUCUAAGUAAGACAAACUUGUUUGUAAAGAUAAUGAUUUAAUUGAAUCCAUACACUACAAAAAGUGCAAUUUUAUAAUUUACUAAUAAUUUAUUAUUAUAAAGUAUUAAAUAGAAAAUUUAAGGAAGCAUGUCUAUGUUUCAUCUAUUUUUACCAUAAUGUUUCUUACAUUAUGGUAAAAAAUGGGUCUCCUUUUUUAUUACAUUCUAUAGAGAUUAUGGUGUAUAUAUAACCUAGUUAUUAAGUACUUAGUUAUGUAUAUGAUUUGUUAAUCCUACGUAUGAAAAUAAAUGUAUGGCAUAGUAAUGUA